AAUUAGUUUGCUGCAUUGCAAUUGCGUCUGCUCAAUACAAUGCGUACGUGGCCCUACUGCAGUGCAUGCAAUCGCUCCUCAUCUCCUUCUCUCCCUCGCGCAGUCGCACUCACACUCUGCCCUCUUCUCUGCCUGUGAAAAAGGUGAAGCUGCAUCCAUGUAUUUAACAGGCAGAGAUGUGAUCAGCCUUGCCCAUUCCAUGGCUGCCCGCUCUGUUGCGUGAUCCUGCUGCAUGCACUUCUUGAAUUAAUUAUAUAAGUACUAACUAGUACGGUAGUACCUACCUGACGAUCCUGACGCGCGCAAGGGGUUCUGUGGCAUUUCGGCAGCUAGCACGCAGUGACCACGGUAGCUAUCGCCGAAAGCGGGAACUGAAGAAGAUGUUGGGGAGGAUGGCUGGGCCAGGGGGCGGCGGAGUCUCGGAGCAGCGGCAGCGCGAGGCCGCGUUUGAUUUCGGCCGACACACGGGCACUGCCGCCGCUGUGCCGUCGUCGUCGCCGCAUACUCCCAUGGUGCCUCCCAAGCUGUUCUUGGCUGCAGGGAGCGGCGGCGUCGUCUCCGGAGAGGAGGCGUUCUCGCCACCGGAGGAGCUAGCGGGGGGCGUCGUCGUGAUGGUCAGCCCCACCUCGACGCUGCAGACACCGACCGGCAGCGCUAGCCCUACGUCUGCAGCGACGUCCACGGCCGUUCCGUUCUCCCGUCGCGGGGCGACCUCGCCAUCAUCACCAGGCGGGGACGAUCGUCGUCGGUGCAAGAGCAGGAGCCGGAUCCGGAGCCAGCGCCCCUGGGAGGCGUGGCCUGUCGGGGUCGGACUCGCCGGCGCCCUGAGCGGUGACGCUGACGCACUCCCACCCGUGGCGACGGUACUGACAGGACAGAGGAUCCGGCCGUGGCCGUGCAGGAGCUCCGCGUCGUCCGUGCUGGGCCUGGGCUCCCCCGAAAGCAGGAGCCGGUGCCGGGGCGUCUUGUCGCCGAGGAAGAUGAUGGAAGCGUCGGAGGAGGACUACACCCGCGUCAUCGCGCGCGGGCCCAACCCGAGGACGACGCACAUAUUCGACGACCGCGUCGUCGUCGUGGAGGACGAGUUCCUGAGGUGGUGCCAUGGCUGCAGCAAGGACCUGGGCCAGGGCAACGACAUCUUCAUGUACAGGGGGGAGAUGGCCUUCUGCAGCCAUGAGUGCCGCUACCGCGUGAUGCUGCUCUUGGACGAAGAAGGAGAAUCCUGCUGACGCACCAGCCAAGGUGCCAUUUUAACUUGAGAAGGAGAACUGGAGAAGACCUGUAUGCCAACCGGCCGCCGGCGGAGCAGACCCCGAUCGAUACUGCAUGCUGCACUAUUCUCUGCUUCAUUCGUUCUAUGCUCUUUUGCUACUACUAGUACUAUAGGUUUUAAUUAUCCGCAUUAGCUGUUGAUCAUAUUCCAAGUGAUUGGUUUGCAUGCUCCAUUGGAGCGGUCUCGCGGUGGCCUGGAUGGCUAGCUAUGUCAAAUUUCUAUUUCCCCGCGCAUGCAAGCGAGCAAGUGUGCCUAGGUUGCAGCAGCGCGUACAGGUCAGACUCGUGCUCCCGCAGGCAACCAAUCACUGUGUAUGAUCAAGAUGAUGUAUGCAUGGUUAGCUAACAUGUUUAGGACCGUCAGUAUAGAGCUUCUCUGUACUAGUGACAAACGAAGAUGGUAUAUGUUAAUUCUCA